AUGACGUGCAAUAUAAAUGAAAACUUCUCGGUUGUUUAUCGUCCUAUUGAAAAAGAUGAACAAGAUAAAGCUCUUAAUUUAUGGUAUUCUGUAUUUGAAACACAUAAUCCAGGAUGUUUCGAACGUGAUUUCAACAGUGAAGCAGCUCCAACAUACCAAUACGGCGACACUAUCGGGGCAUGGUAUGAUGGACAACUGGUUAGUGCCGUACAUAUUCGACGUUUCAUACUUCAAUCUCGUGACGAUGGUAUCAAAUAUUUAUGUGGUGGUAUUUCGAAUGUAGCUACUCUACAGAAUUAUCGAAAUCAAGGAUUCUCACGACAUCUACUUCGUUUAGCCAUUAAGAGAAUGGAACAAAAUGAAGAAUUCGGUUUAUCAAUAUUGGGUACUGGACAAUAUAAUCAUUAUUCUGUUCUUGGCUGGGAACAAAUGAAUACGCCUCAUAGAAUUACUAUCGAAUGGAAGAACUUCGAUUCUACAAUGAAUAAAAUGAAAUGGUGUUCAACAUCUGAAAUAUUUUCAUCAGAUAAAGAAUUAAUACUUGCUUUACAUACGAAAAAUCCUCGAGAAUAUCAAUUCGAUCGAUCGCCUUCAUCUGUAUUUGAACAUUUUGUAGGUUGGAAUUGGCAAUUGAAUGAAGCUAUUAUUUAUAUAUAUCGUGAAGAAGAAUUGGGUUAUGUUGUAAUCAGUAAACCAAACAAUAUUAAUGAUAUAUAUGUAUCUGAAUGGCGAGCACCAAAUAUUGACGUUGAAAGAAAAUUAUUAAAAAUUGCAGCUGAAGAGAUUUAUCGUCGACAAGAGCAGCAGACAAAUAUAAUACGAUUUCAUGGUCUACCUCAAUAUAUGACCAUUGACGAAUUGGAACAAUGGGCUGGUAAAAUAAAAAUAGAUUAUAACGUUAAUAUGAUGAUACGUAACAUUCGACUACCAAAAAAAACAAUCGAUAAGAUCAUAACAGCUUAUUCGAAAGGUUCUGCAACAUUUUGGCCAGCUGAUAUUUUUUAA